UACCGUUGCAUACAUGAACUUUUGUAAACAGUCGGCGCAAGAGAGUAUCCAGGAACGGAUCGCCCAGCGAUACAAGCAACCUUCCAACGAGAAGAGUUCUAAAAGUGACAAUUCGACAAUUUUGAUCGACAAGUUACAAGGACAAUUUUUCGUUUGUGACACAUUUCGUGCAGUUUUUCGGAGAACAUGGAGACCAAGAUGGAGCCGUUGACACCGCCUCACACGCCACCCUCGUUGGACAGAUCGAUGCAUCAACAGCAGCAACUGCAGAUCACGUCGCCCAGGUGGAUUAGAAGUCAACAAUUAGCGGGAAGAUACGCCCAGCAACAACCGACCGGACAAAAUGUCGGCUACCAGGCAGCGUUUCUUGAUAAUUGGAUUAGAGGAGCCGCGUUGCUCGCCGUCAGAGGUUGCUGUCCCCAGACGUCGUCGCCGCAUCCCUAUCACCAUCAAGGCCAUCAGGGACUGCACCCAGCGCUUCCGGUCCCGCCUCCGGCCUCCUUUCUCACGAGAAGACUGCCCGGUCAGAGACCGAAGAAGCAGUUCAUAUGCAAGUUCUGCAAUAGACAGUUCACUAAGAGUUACAAUCUGCUGAUUCACGAGAGAACGCACACCGACGAGAGGCCGUAUUCCUGUGACAUCUGUGGAAAGGCGUUUCGCAGGCAGGAUCAUCUUCGAGAUCACCGCUACAUUCACAGCAAGGAAAAGCCGUUCAAAUGUAGCGAGUGCGGGAAAGGAUUCUGCCAGAGCAGGACUCUGGCGGUUCACAAGAUCCUCCACAUGGAGGAAUCGCCUCACAAGUGUCCCGUUUGCGCCAGAAGCUUCAACCAGAGGAGCAACCUGAAGACUCAUCUUCUCACGCACACAGAUGUGCCGCAAGAUCUAAGGAUCGAGGCACCGGUGACAUCAGAACCCAGAAUCAACGCUUCUGCGACCGUCAGGCAGAUGGCGGAGAGGGUGAGUGGCCUGAUCCCGAUUCAAAGGACCACCACCGCCGCCCCUAAGCUUGGCUUCAGUAUAGAAGACAUUAUGAGACGUUAA